CAAUAUAUUUGAACAUAUUUUUUUUAAAAUUUAAACUUGAGGUUUAUUUGCCUUAACGACGCGCCUCAAGGUAUUUCCCAUCCACCUAAUUGGCUGAUUCGCUAAUUUAAUUUUCGCCCCAUUUUCCCCCAUCCCCAGCACACUGUGCCGCGCUGCUGAGUCACUUGGCGCUCUGCUUGCCACUUGCUCGGAUCGCUGGUGCCAAGUCAGCGUCCGCAGGCGGGGCAGUUGUCGUGCUGGACUCGCUGUGUGUUGAACGCUCUGGUUUUCAUUUCGAAUGCGUGGGAUCGGCUCUAUAUAGGCUCGAUAUAGACUCGUCCGAUACCGAAAAUAAUCCGCUAAUUGCCAUAUUUCGCGUAUUCAUUCCACUACCACUGUGCGCGAUCAGUCUGCUCGGAGUGCCAGCCGCAGGAUGUGGUGGCCACUACUAUUGCCGUUGCUAGUUGCGCCCUCGUGGCAGGAGAACGCCACAGUGCCCAAUCCCAGCUAUGUGACCAAAGCGGGUUGCGAGGCGCUGGUCCAGGAACCGAGUCUCUGCGAGUGCCAGGAGCAGGAGAUCAAGUGCGAGAACCUUCAGCUGCACAGUGACAAUGUACAGUUGUACGGCAUCAGCUGCAGCAUAUUCGAUGCCAGGGGAUUUGGCCACAUACCGCCACUUAAGGUGGGCAAUAUCGGUGCGCUGAUCGUUCAGAACUGCGCCAUACCAAAUGCACAGAGCAUCAAGUACCUGCUCAGCAAACUGGGUGUUAGCAAGUACAGCGAACUGGAGAUCUUCAACUACUUCGAUCCCAAGAAAACGGAUCGCGGCGAGGUGCUGCAGCAACAUUACACGGACCACGAGGGUCUCAGGAAGGUCUCCAUCAUUGGAUUCAAGUCGGCGCUGCCCGAAAACUUCUUGGAGCACCUGCCCGCACUGGAGCAGCUGUCCUUGAAGGGCAGCAGUGACUUGCCCGGCAACAUUUUGCAUCCCUUGAAGAACCUGACCCAUCUGGAAAUUGUGGUCAAGAAUUUGGCCAAAGUGUCGGGUGCCAUAUUCGCAAAGCAGUCCAGGCUCAAGCAUCUGAUGAUCGACUGCGAUGCCAAGAACAGCAGUGUCGAAAUGUCCGCCUUUGGACCUCAGGAACUGUGGCACAUGACCGAGCUUCAGUCGAUCGAGCUCUUCAACUGCGGUGACAAUGUGCCCACCGAGUUGUUCUGGAUGUCGGAGCAACUGGCGUACAUUGGCAUAAGGAGCAACAUCAGCUAUCUGAGCAAGGACUUCCUCAAGGUGCAAAAGAAGCUGCUUACCCUGCGACUGGAAAGGAACAACAUAGCCAGGCUGCCCGAUCAGCUGUUCAGGAACACUCCUUUGAUUCUGGAGAUUCACCUGGCAUUCAAUAACUUGGAUCGCAUUCAGAGCGGCCUCUUUGACAAGCUGAAGAACCUGCAGGUGCUGAACCUGGAGCACAAUCCCAUAACCACCAUUGCCCUGAACGCCUUCACGCCCAUACCAACUGCCCAUAUCUACGUGGGCAAACUCUUCAAGGCGGCCAAGAAUAACGCGGACUGGGCCCGAUCCACGAAUGCGACUAUCUGCGAGGAGGAGUACAUCUACGGGGUGUGCAUCUACUGCAAGCGGGACGAGUAUCUGGACCACUUUGCCGACGCGGAGAACUGCAACAAGCCCAAUCCGAAGGCGAAGGAUGUGCUGGCCAAGAAGGCCUACGAGAAUCAGCUGAAGGCGAUGCCCACGCACUCCUGGAAAAAGGCCAAGGAAUAUCCCGAGAAGGAAGAGCAGCCCUAAGUUCGCAUCAGUACCAACUAGCAUUUGGAUUAUAGCUCAUUCCCACAACCAUAAUGAGAUUAAAAUAGGCUCACGAUGUUUAUCUUAAUAUUAAUCUGCUAAGUAGCUCUGGCAUUUAACACGAUUUUAAUCUGCAGCUUAGGAGUUUUCUGCACUGAAGUAACAAAUGACAUGUUUAAUUUCAAAUACUUUGUAACUUAAUGUUUGCCGACUGCAAGCUUUGAAAUGCUUCUAAGCUGUAUCAAUAAACCUACGAAAUAAAGACCCUUUAGAA